AUGUUUUUUCAGCAAGCACCAAGUUCUCCUUCUACUUCUGACGGCAACAUGGCUACACAGUUUGUCUAUGACCUUUUAGGGGAAAACGCUUGGUUGUACAUCACCGCUACUUUUGUGGUGUUAUGGUUUGCCGUUUGGUUAUACAGAGACAGCCUGGAGAUUGAGGGCAUCUCUGACAAGUAUGUCUUUGUGACCGGCUGUGACACAGGGUUUGGAAACCUGCUGUGUAAGAAGCUUGACCGUAAAGGUUUCCGUGUGCUGGCUGGUUGUCUCACAGAAAAGGGAGCUGAUGAUCUCAAAAGAGUAGCAGGGCCUCAUUUGAAGACUGUCCUGCUGGAUGUUACCAAUCAGGACAGCAUCCAAAAAGCCAUGGAGUGGGCCAAGAAGGAGGUCGGCGAAAAGGGACUUUGGGGUAUUGUAAACAACGCUGGACGCUCAUUACCGAUGGGUCCUUCAGAGUGGAUGAGAGUGGAAGAUUUCCACAGCACACUGAAAGUAAACAUGAAUGGAGUGAUUGGCAUGACGAUGACCUUUCUGCCUCUCAUCAAAAAGGCUCGCGGCCGUAUUGUAAAUGUAGCAUCAGUGCUGGGCAGGGUGGCUGCAAACGGUGGCGGGUACUGCAUCUCCAAGUUUGCAGUGGAAUCUUUCUCUGACUGCCUCAGGAGAGAUAUCAACUACUUUGGAAUCAACGUGUGCAUCAUCGAGCCGGGCUUUUUCAAGACUGCAGUGACGAGCCUCGAGCCUAUUGAGCGGGAGCUGCAUCGCCUGUGGAACCAACUCAGCCCGGAAGUACAAGCAAGUUAUGGAGACAAGUACCUCGAUAAGUAUAUUAAGGUGCAGCGUCUGAUCAUGAAUGCUGUCUGCGACUCUGACCUGAGCAAGGUGACCAGCUGCAUGGAGCACGCUCUGACUUCUGCCUACCCACGCACCAGAUACAGUGCUGGCUGGGAUGCCAAGCUUCUUUGGAUCCCCCUCUCUUACAUGCCUUCCUGUGUAGUUGAUAUUGGACUAAAGCUGGUGCUGCCACGUCCUUCAAAGAGCGUGUAACUUGGGGUGACUUUGAAGUAAUGUCUUCAAAGUUAUCAGCCUUUUUAUGCCUUUCUUGGUGCAGUACGGGGCUGACAUGAAAAGAAAAAUUAUCUUUUCCUUUUAAAAUACCCAUAUUCCAUAUCUACACUGGCCAUGCAAUGGUUUGACGUUGCUGUUAUUAUAUUUAUAUGGCAUAAUCUACCUUGGAAAUGUCUGUGUGACACUUUUAGACAAUGCAAGAAAAAUGAUUUUAAAAAAUGUAAUGUAUACAUGUGAUUAUUACUAUAGUGUGCCUUUUAACACUGUUAUUUAUGUUGCUUGGCUGGAUGCUCUUAACCAUCAGUGGCUAAAUAAAGAACAUUUUACUAUCAAGUUUUCAAAACGUAAUAGUAAUGAGCUUAUGGUAGACACAGAUGAAAGAAGUCGUGAAAAAAUGUGUACGCUCUGAGUUACGAUGAUGAACAGCUGCAUCACAAUGGUUUCUAACAGCUUUGUGAAUGUGAAUAAAGAUGC